AUGAUGAUGACAGAGAGAGAAACAAACAAAGCAAAGCAAAAGUAUUAUAUAAAUAAUUGCAUAUUAUUAGAUUACAAGAGUAGUAGAGUAGCAAUGUUACAUGUAUUUUCAUUUCUAUUUGGUGGUUUCUCUGUAAUCAUUUGUGGAUUCUAUCUAUUAGUUAGAUUCCUAGAGGCAUUGGACACCAAGACAGAGAAAGAGUAUAAAGAUAUAUUGGCUGAUGCUGCAAAAGAAAGAGCUGAAAGAAGAUAUGAUACAUCAAGAUUUAAUACAGAAAAGAGAGGAAAAAUAUUUAUAAAGACACCAGAGAACACCUCUGCUGAAUCACCAGAAUGGAGUCAUUGUGUAUUAAAGAAUAAUAUGUUAUUUUUAUUUAGACAAGCUACUGAUACAUCAGCAAUUGGAGUAAUAUGUUUUGAUAAUUGUUCGAUUAGUAUUAUUAGAAACAAGACAUCAAAAUUCCACAAAAAGAAUGGUAUUGUGAUUAUACAUCCUGAACGUGAACUAUUGUUCCACAGCAAGAUCUUACACUUCUUUUUUGAAAAUGGUAAGGAACUAGAGACAUGGUAUUGGUUUUUAAAGGAGGCAUCGUCACUCACCAUCAAAAAGACACCCGAUGAAGAAGCUGCUGCCAAAUUGUGUCAACAAUUCUUUACUGACUUGCCUGUACGUGCAUGUGUUCCUGGUAGUGCACAACAAACUGUUGGUAAUAUGAGUGGAUACUUUCCAUCAAAUAGUUCAGUUGCUGCAAACUCUAGUAAUAGUUCAUCCUCUUCAUCAUCACAUAAAAGAAACAAUUCAAAUUCAAACUCUAAAGAAAUUGAAAUGUCAGAGAUACUUAUGAAUGGUUCUAGCAAUACAUCUACUGGUGGUAGUCCAACCACCUCUUCUUCAUCAUUUACACUUAGAGAAAGAAAAUCUGCUGGGUUUACAAGUUCGCCAGUUUCAACCAAUACAAAUACAAUCAACAGUACUAGCACAACCCCACCAUACACCUCUACUACUACAACUACCAAUACUACUACUGGUAAUUUACAAUCUACACCAUUAAACAUUCCAACCCCAUUACAAACAGCCUAUACCAACACGAUUGAUGGUAUCUCUGGCCCCGUUGCAGCAUCGAAAUUUGACUGGUUAAAUGUUUUACUUGGUCGUGUAUUCUUUAAUAUUUACAAUGCCGAUGAAUUAUUACAAUUUGCAUCCUCAAAAAUUAUAAAGAAAAUUAACAAAUUAAAAAAACCUUCAAUCCUUAAAAGUAUAACAUUACAAAAUUUAGAUUUUGGAACCAAUUUACCAAUUUUACAAGAUGCAAAAUUAUUAUUUAUAACUCCUCAAGGUGAAUUGAGUUGUGAUUUAUUAUUAAAAUAUCAUGGUGGAUUUACAUUGACUAUAAAAAUUGAAGUGAUGAUUAGUUUUAGAGGACAUUCAGUGACUAUACCAUUUGUGAUUUCAGUGACUGUAAAAUCAUUGUCUGGUAGAAUGAAUAUUCAAUGUUUGCCCCCACCCACCAAAAGAAUAUGGGUUGGAUUCUAUGGUGAACCCGAGUGUGAAUUGGAUAUAGACACUUCAAUUGGUCAAUCAAAGACUAGUUAUCUCAACCUUCCCAAGGUUGCCAAGAUCAUUGUCAACAAGCUAAAAGCUGAACUCUUUGAAAUGAUGGUGUUGCCAAAUACCGACGAUUGGCCACUCCCACAUGCCAAACAAAAAAAGAACAAAGAUCCUUUAGCUUCAGUACCAACUCCUUUACAACAACAAACAGAUAUUAAUAAUAAUAAUAAUAGUAAUAUUAAAUCUUGA